GUGAUUAAAAGGAGAUGGAUCCUGGACCACUUUUGAAAAUGGACAGACAGUCCCUCUGCAUGCGGAGAGUAGGAAGUACUCCCAGUAGGUGGGGUGUGCGGUAGGAAGUAUUCCGGAAGAGCAGUGUGGGGAGGAAGAGGUUUCCUGGGUAGAACUGUGUGGAGGAGGAAGUCUCCCCAGAAGAACGGUGUGUGCGGGGGGAAGCAAGGUCGGGUAGAGUGUCCUAGUGGACGUGUAUCUGUCCGCGUGUCCCGGGUGCUGCACUGUCUCGCUGGGAGGAUUCCCCGUAGAGCAACACGGGGAGCAGGCCGUCUGGGGGAGCCGUGCGUGGAGCACAGAGGACCCCGGUAGCGCAGUGUGUUCCCAGGGCACUACCCCCGAGUAGAGGGGAGUCUGAGCGGGACGUGCUCCCCAGCAGAGCCGUGUGUGGAGGGCCCGACGCGGGCGCGUGGGGAGCGCCGGUGCGGGAGCGGGAGCGGCCGUGCCCGGUGCAGCAGUGGCGGGUGUACACCGUAUCCCGCAGGCAGGCGCGCCUGUUAAUAUUUAUUCCUUCUUUCCCUCCCUUUUGGGCUGUUGGGUUUAUCAGGUAAAAACAGUCAUGGGUGUCUGGGCCUUUCUUGUGGAAAAUGCUAGACUGUGCUGUCCAGUAGAGAAGCCAUUGGCCACAUGUGGUUACUGAAAUUGAAUUAAAAAUGGAGUUCCUUAGCCGCACGAGACCCAUUUCAAGUGCUCACCAGCCACCUGUGGCCCGUGGCCGGCAUCUAGGACAGCACAGGCGCAGAAGUCCAUCAGCAGAGAAAGUCUGCUGCACAGCACCGUUCUAAGGAGUAGAGGGGUCCAGUGAAGGGUGGCCUAGAGCGUGGGGAAGUCUGAUCACGGGUCCGGAACAGAAGGUCCCCAUCACGGGAUGGGUCGUAAGUGCACAUGUGCCAUUUGGGAGAUCCAAAAUUUAAGCCUUAGCCCUUGGCCCUUCUCUUCUCCAAACUUAAACGUCUUACAGGUCAUAGGGUAAUCCAGUAUUAUCCACACACUGUGUUUCAGUUUUCCAGUGUUUUUUAAUGCCUUUAAUUCCGUAUUUCAUUUGCGCUGGUCCCUAAUCACAGAACCAUGUUAAUGUAGGUAUAUUAUUUUAGAGUGAAUUCAUUUGCAUAGUAUUUUCUCCAUGUCUCUUGAUAAUACUCUUUUCCUAUUUUGCAAAUAAGAGUUCAGGGUGAGAAAGAAUUGAGCUGUUAAUUUAUAGUUCAUUUAUUAUUAAGCGGUUUCCCUUCCUUUUUCCCCCUUCUUUUCAUAUACUAUGACUUUUAAACCAAGCAAAACUCAAAGGGUUUAGAGUGUGGGAGUCCUGCUGUGUUUUACAAGUCAAAAAGUAAAUUAACAAAAUUCAACCCUUUUUUUUUUUUAAAUAGGUGAGGAACAAAAUGUGACAGAAACAGACGCCUUCCGUAAGAGUGAAAUGUUUGAUCCGGCAGAAAAGUACAAAAUGGACCACAGGAGGAGAGGAAUUGCUUUAAUCUUCAAUCACGAGCGGUUUUUCUGGCAUUUAAUGCUGCCGGAAAGGCGGGGCACCAGCGCGGACAGAGACAAUCUCACGCGCAGGUUUUUAGAACUAGGAUUUGAAGUGAAAUGCUUUAAUGAUCUUAAAGCAGAAGAACUACUGCUCAGAAUUCAUGAGGCAUCAAUCUCUAGCCACACGGAUGCAGAUUGCUUUUUAUGUGUUUUCCUGAGUCACGGCGAAGGCAAUCACAUUUACGCGUAUGAUGCCAAAAUUGAAAUUCAGACACUGACUGGCUUGUUCAAAGGAGACAAAUGUCAGAGCCUAGUUGGAAAACCCAAGAUAUUUAUCAUUCAGGCGUGUCGGGGAGACCAGCACGACGUGCCGGUGCUGCCGCUGGACGCCGUGGAUCACGGGGCGGGGCAGCCGGAGGCCAACGUCACCCAGGUGGACGCGGCGUCGGUGCACACGCUGCCGGCCGGCGCCGACUUCCUCAUGUGCUACUCGGUUGCGGAAGGUUAUUAUUCUCAUCGGGAAACUGUGAACGGCUCAUGGUACAUUCAAGAUUUGUGUGAGAUGCUGGGAAAAUUCGGCUCCUCCUUAGAGUUCACAGAACUCCUCACCCUGGUGAACAGGAAAGUUUCUCAGCGCCGAGUGGACUUUUGCAAAGACCCAAAUGCAAUUGGAAAGAAGCAGGUUCCCUGCUUUGCCUCAAUGCUAACUAAAAAGCUGCAUUUUUUUCCCAAAAUCUAAAUGAUAGGAACUAUUUUAUGUAUCUGUGUUCAAAACAUUUUUUUUAUAUCAGUAUCACUAGGUUGAAAUUUAUGAUACAGCAAUUUAACAUGUCUUAAAGGUUUAAUGAGAACUUUAAAAAGUUCAUAUAGAUAUUAGCAUGAUGAAAGGGUUUGAUAUAUGUGAAAUGAAAUCCUCAGGGAAUUACUGUAAAAAUCCACAAGCAUUUGUUAUACUUGAUUUUUAUAGUAAAUCACAAGGUUACUCAAAAUAUCUGGCUGAUUUAACUUGUAUUUUGUGAAGUUUCUUACAAAAGUUUUAUAAUGUUUUUAAAGGUUUUUGAAACCCAAGAAUUGUUUUCCCUUAAUAAA